GAGGGAGAGAGAGAGAACGCGAGAGGGGUUCGUCGUCGUCUUCGCCGUAUACUCGCGCCACGCACGGAUAGCGCGCGGCUCCGCGAUCGCCCUCGUCUUCGUCGCCUUGGCCGCCAGCUCCGUUACGGAGCGUCGUCCCGUCGUCUGUCCCACGGUGGUGUGUCCCGACAUCCUCCGCGCGCCCGCCACGGCGAACGUAGUGAGGUCCGACGGCGUGUUACGGGCUGUCGUACCACCACGGCCGUCGCUGCCGCCACUGUACAUCAUCCCGUGCGCCCGCGGUGUACCCGUCGUUUAUCAUUGGAUUGUGACGGAUACCAUUGUGCGGCUGUGAAACCGUUCUCGUACGCGAGGGAUCCGAUUGUCAACCCGAUCCAUCGUUCGCGGUGCCCUCGUAGAGCAGAAACGCGAGAGCGAGAGCGAGAGAGAGAGAGAGAGAGAGAGAGAGGGAGAGAAAGAGAGAGAGAGAGAGGGAGAGGGAGGGAGGGAGAGAGAGAGAGAGAUAUAGAAGGAGCGCUCGAGCCGGAGAGGGAAAAGGAGAAGGAGAAACGGACAGAUAGAGGGAGAGCGAGAAGAAGAGACAGAGAGAGAUAGAGAGAGGCCGCCCGCUGGUUGUCCGCUCCGUUGCUCCACACUUUCCUCCCACCCAAGUGGUAUCAAUGUUGUCUGGCAAUGGUGUGUAAGGAGAACGUGGUAUCAUGGUUUCGGAGUCUGUCCAGUUAUAAACGUAUCGAUGUAAUGUGCACAUUGCUGAACAUGUGCUUGCCGUUUGAGGUACGAUACCUCGGCACGUGCGUCGAGGAUAUCGGCAAGCGGGACUACAAUGACCUACGUGACACGGAACACCAUGCAAACAGCCCCUCGGAUCUGGCCGAGUUGGCGACCUCCAGCGUGACAGAUAAGCGCACGCGAAGAAAACUGGCUCUCUACCUGGCGCUGUUGCACUCGUGCAAUUACGCCUGCGCGGUGAUCCUGUACAAGAAUCUGUCGAAUCUCGAACAUCAGGAGAUCACCAGUCUGCUAAACGGGACCAUCGUUAAACCGGACAACCAACCCUUGGAAGAGUUGCUACUGCUGUAUACGAUGGCACUGAAUCAUCCGGCCUUCACAUACGAGCAGAAGAGCGUGUUCGGCAACAUAUUCAUCAAGCUCCAGGAGGAGGAGGCUCGUCUUAAUCCUUCAAAGAUAAACUCUUCCUACAAACCGACACACGGUUGCACACCGUGCAUGAGUACAAACGAGAGAUUAAUGGAGCCCGAGAUACCGAGUAGCUGCUUAAUGCCGCCGCCACCAAUGCAGUCUUACGGAGACAUGGGAAUGAGGAAUAACGCCAUGGUCACUGGAGUGCCACCUGGUCUCACGAUACCUCCACCCGGACUAUGUUUGCCUGGUCCAGAGCAAAUGCCUAUGGGAUCCGGCGGUACUACGCAAUACCUUCACCUCGGUUUCCCAUCCAUGAACCACAUGCCGCCGUGGAGUGGCCAGGUUAUGAUGGGAAACCAGCUGAUGUACACUAGCGACGUGUUGGCUUAUCCCCCUUCUCCCUUAGUCAGCCGCCAGUCCUCGCCAUCCCAGUCACGAUCUCCUAGUCGCAGUAACUCGCCGAUGGGCCGCGGCAGGACUAAUGUUAACUCGCGCGCCUCGUCCACGCAAUCUACUCAAUCCACCUCGACCAGUCUGGCGUCGUCAGGCAGCCAGACGAGCAGCUCCGUUUCGAACAUUAACAGUAACAGCAAUAACUCCCUACCGCCCCUACCGACGCCCGGCAGCGCAAGCAGAAGUCUUCCUAGUCAAUCGCCGUUACUCCCGUCAUCGCGGCCCGUUCCUCCCCCCAACGCGAGCUCCUCGGGCUUCUCCCGACAUAACGUCGACAAUACUCCGUCGUCUACACUGAUCUCGGCGGCCCAGUCGAAACAACCUCCGCCACCGCCACGGCUCAGGUCGUCCAACUCGGGCGAUUCCCUUCGGGAGACCGUGGGUAAGGAGAUGCCGAACUUUAAAGGCAAUCUGCAGAACUUUUCUCGCGACGAGAUCAGAAGAAUGAGUGACGAAGAUUUAAGGGACAUCGGCUUGACACCGAACGCGGUAGGACAGUUGAGGAGUAUAGUCAAGAGUCAAACCAGCAAUGGCUUGAACCAGGUUUCAACGGAUAAGAAGCCGGAUAAUGUAAGCAGUGCCUCACAUUCGCUCGCCGAACCGGUCGAAAAUGAGGCAUCCGGUAUGGAAGUUUUGGGUGAUUCAAGCGGUAGUACAAGCGGGAAAUCGAUGCCAUUACAGGAACAGCAUCCGGCAAUGCAUUAUCAUAAUCAUAUGACUGCUCCCAAUGUUCGGCGUUAUCCUGGCAUGCCGUCGAUAGAUCCCGCGCAAAUACAAAUGUAUCCUGCACCACCGCAAAUGUAUACAGCUCCAAACUCACCAUGUUACACUUGUCUCACUACUGUACCAGUAGCUGGAAUGCAUAAUCGAUAUUCAAGAUGUAACGCUCAGCACCUGUAUUGCCUUGGACAACUGCAAGCGCUGCGACUCGACUCUGAGAGCAGCCGGCACUGUUCUCAAAGCAGUAGUUCUGAUAGCACCGGCAGUAGAUCUCCUCCCGAGACGCCACCGGCUGCACCAUGGGUUAGUAGCAGCGGCGGCGGCGGCGGCGGCGACAGCAAUGUCACCGAUCACAUGAGUUCCGCGCCGGUGCACUCCACGGCGACGGCGCCGCCGCACGUCGUGUCAGCACCCCAGCAGUCGCCAAUGCAAUCGUCAGUGCCACCGGAGAGCAGGCAACUUACCAGGAAGAAUUCGCAGACGCGCAUGAUGCGACAGAAGAGCCAGGGAAUACUGAACGGGGCCGGCAACGGGAACGGUGGACCGCCGAGUCUGUCGCACUGCGUCUCUUUCCCGGCGCCGCCGACACACUCGCAGCUCACGUACCUGCCGCACGGCCACUUCCCAGCUGCGCUACGGCCCAGUAGCGGUAUCUACUCCAACUUCUUGCACGGGCCGUCCGCGCGACCAGCCUACCAGCCAGCGUACCAACCGAACGGCGACAUUAUGUAUCCGUAUACGGGUCAUCCCGCGUCCGGUAGCACUCCGCCGCCGCCGCCGCCGCCGAACGCGGCUGCCGCGGCGCCAGUACAGGCGUACAUGCCACCUACGUCAGUGGUAACGUACGCGGCGGCGGUGAUACCGCAGACAAAGAUCUCCUGUUAUAACUGCGGCAGUAACAGUCACCUCGCGGUAGACUGCAAGGACCAGACAAUGGAGGACAUUACAAAGAAAGCCCAAUACCGACUGGAUUACACGAUAAUGAAGCAGCCGGGGGAGUGCCCGAGUUCCGACAAGUGAUCCCCUGCCAUGGACCACUCUGCUACCACUCGUCACAAUUCUCACCGCCACUAUAACCGCAACUAUUGUCAUCAUCGUCAUCACCAAUAUCACCAUCGCUAUCAUUUUCAUCAUCUUCACCGUUACCAUCACCAUCACCACCACCAGCACAUCGUCUGCCAUUGUGAUCACCAAUACACCAAUGCGAAUCGAUCUAAGGACAAGACAUUGCAAAUUGACAACCUCCGCUGUUCCUCCUUUCACCUUUCGGUAAUUUUUCUAAAUACCCUAUUCUGCAGUCACGACGAUGAUGACGAUGCUAAUGCGAAUACUGAUGCUGACGAUGCUGACGGUGACGAAAACGAUGACGUAGACGCCAAGUACGACAAGUACGACAGCGACGAAACUUUUCUAACUGAGGACACUUCGCGGUUUAUGGUACGGGGUACACCUUUUGCAAGUUCUUAUGUAUGAUAGUGAUUGAAAAGUGAUCUAACUAAAUGUAAAAUAUUAUGUAGUAGUAUUGUACAGAGAAAGAGCAAAAGCGAGACGAGAAAUAAUUGAAAGGCCGCGUUAUACGGAACACAA